AUGACCCACCUCUCCCACCCCUCCCAGGUGGUGCCAGUGCAGCACGCACCAGGCAACCCUUCUGCUCUCGUCAGCCAAUACGCGAUGGAUGACGUGGAGCGGCUGGGCCUGCUCAAGUUUGACAUUCUCGGCCUGCGCAACCUCACCACAGCCCACCUCGCGCGCCAGCUCGCGCAGCGCACGUACGGCGUGACCCUCCCGGUGAUUGAGAAGCUUCCGGUGGUGCCAGUGCAGCACGCCCCAGGCAACCCCUCCGCCCUCGUCAGCCAAUACGCCAUGGACGAUGUGGAGCGACUGGGUCUGCUCAAGUUUGACAUUCUCGGCCUGCGCAAUCUCACCACAGCCCACCUCGCACGGCAGCUCGCACAGCGCACGUACGGCGUGACCCUCCCGGUGAUUGAGAAGCUUCCAGUGGAGAACCGGGCGACGUUUGAGCUGCUGUCGGGGGGCGACGUGGACGGGGUGUUUCAGCUGGAGGCGUCUCCUGGGAUGAAGAAGGUGGUCAGGGCGCUCAAGCCGUCGAGCCUUGCGGAUAUCUUUGCUAUCGUUGCUCUCUAUCGGCCUGGGGGCGACGUGGACGGGGUGUUUCAGCUGGAGGCGUCUCCCGGCAUGAGGAAGGUGGUUCGUGCGCUCAAGCCGUCAUGCCUCGCGGAUAUCUUUGCUAUUGUUGCGCUCUACCGCCCUGGCCCUCUCGAUGCAGGGCUGGUGGAUCGCUACAUCAACCGCAAGCACGGGCGCGAACCAGUCUCCUUCCAAACCCCUGCACUGGAACCCAUUUUAAAGGAGACAUAUGGAGUGCUGCUGUACCAGGAGCAGAUCAUGCGCAUGGCGGGGUACUUUCUGGGGCAGGCGGACAUGCUGCCUACACUCCCACUCCCCUUACCCACCUUUGCUCCAACUCCACCCCCACCAACCCCUGCCCCCUGCACCAGCCCUCUGGAUGCAGGUCUGGUGGAUCGAUACAUCAACCGCAAGCACGGGCGCGAACCAGUCUCCUUCCAAACGCCUGCACUGGAACCCAUUUUAAAGGAAACGUACGGAGUGCUGCUGUACCAGGAGCAGAUCAUGCGCAUGGCACAGGACCUGGCGGGCCCCCUCGACGCAGGUCUAGUCGAUCGCUACAUCAACCGCAAGCACGGCCGCGAACCAGUCUCCUUCCAGACCCCUGCCCUGGAGCCUAUAUUGAAAGAGACAUACGGAGUGCUGCUGUACCAGGAGCAGAUCAUGCGCAUGGCACGGGACCUGGCGGGGUACUCCCUGGGGCAGGCGGACAUGCUGAGGCGGGCCAUGGGGAAGAAGAAGCACGACGAGAUGGUUGCGCACCAUGAGAGGUUCGUGGAGGGCGCUGUGGAGAGAGGCGUUGAGAGAGCCGUGGCGGAGGAUUUGUUCGAACAGAUGGUGAAAUUCUCGCAGUAUUGUUUCAACAAGUCGCAUAGUGCAGCGUACGGGUACCUCACAUACGUGACGGCCUUCCUCAAGGCGAACUACCCCCUGCCUUACAUGGCGGCCCUUCUCUCUACCUCCAUGCUCGAACCCCCCACCUUGCGUCGCUACGUUAACUCCUGCCGUGCUGCGCGGAUUAACAUCCUCCCGCCGUCUGUCAACGCGUCUGCUUAUGAUUUCUCUGUGGAGCUGCUUAAAACGGGGAUGGAGGGGGAGGAGGAGCGGGAGGAGGGUUUUGGACAGGUGUCGCCGUCUGGGCCUGCCACGUCAGCUGCGGACGGCGGGAUUCGGUUCGGCCUGGCGGGCAUUCGGGACGUGAGCAGGGCGGCAGCAGAGGAGAUUAUUGGGAAGCGGGAGGUGGGCGGCAGGUUUGUCAGUAUUCAGGACUUAGUUGACCGCCUGCUGGAAGGGCUGGUGAAGGGGCGGAAGGAGAGGAUCAAAGCGGAGAUUAAGGCUGUUGCCAGGCGGGAGAGAGAGCUGGUGAUGCAGCAACGACGAGAGGAGAAGCAGCGGGAGAAGGCGGCAAAGGAGUUGCUGAGACAGCAGGAGAGGCAGGCCAGGGAGGAGAAGAAGGAGCGGGAGAGAGUGGAGAGGGAGAGGAAGAGAGAGCAGCAGAGGAUUGAGCGGGAGCAGAAGAAGCUGCAGCAGGGGAAGGGGAGAGAGGGCAAGCAGGAGGCUGCUGUGGUGGCGGCAGCACUCAUCCUCCGUCGGCCCUUGCAUGAGGAGGAGAUGGUGGAGAGGCUAGCACAGGAGAAGGACCUGCUAGGCUUCUACGUAACCCAACACCCCGUGGAGGCACUCCUCCCCUCCCUCCCCGACUGGCUCCAUCUCACCCCCCUCGCCUCCUGCGCGCACGUGGGCCUGACUAAGGCUUUAGAAGACAGUGCUGCUGCGGCUGCGGCCGCGGCGAGAGGUGGUGGGAGAAGGAAGGGUGGUGGGAGGGGGAAGAGUGGGAAGGACGGGCCGUCGGUGGCAGUGGUGGCGAUGGUAGAGGCGGUGAACGUGCGUAUGACUAAGAAUAGUAACAAACAGAUGGCGAAUCUGCAGUUGGACGAUGGGACGGGGCAGAUUGAGGCCGUGGUGUUCCCGGACGUGUUUGCCAGGUACGGAUCGAGCCUGAGCAAGGGUGCGACGGUGCUGGCGUGGUGUACUGUUGAUGUGGAGUUGGAGGAUUCGCCUGCUGCUGCUGGGAGUGGCGAUAGUAGCAGCGGUAGCAGCAGCAAAGAAGAGGGGUCAGCAGAUGGGGUUACCAGACCGGAAUCAGAAGCCACAUCUUCAGCAGCAGCAGGAGAAGUAGGAGCAGAAUCAGACGCAGAAGGACAGGAUGACACCUCCCCCGGACACACCCUCCCCCUGGCACCCCCUGCCAUUAACCGACUCCAGCUGGUGGUGCAAGCAGCCGUGCCCACCAGCACAGCUCAGUUCGUGCGUAUCGACGUGACUCAGCACGAAGCAAGGGAUCCCCAGUGCUGGCACGAGCUCAAGUCCACGAUUCAGCAGGUGAGGCGGGAUGCGGACAACAGGCACGAGGCACGGGUGAUGCAGCAGGACGUGCAGAGGGAUGUGGAGCCUCAGGUGCAGCACUGGGUGCGCCAACAGAGGGCGAGCGCAGCGGGGGCUGUGCCGGUGGUGGUGCGUGUGUGGCCUGACACUCAUGCCAUGCCUAGGGAGAUUGUUGCGAAGAAGGGAUCAACGCCGUAUGGGGAGUGGGCGGGUGAAGGAUGGGGGGGAUCUGGCUGGGGAGGUAGGCAAGUGGGGGGAGAUAGCAGUGGGAGUGGUGGGGGUGGUGGCAGGGAGGAGUUGAAGGGGGAGAGAGGGAGUAGGAAGAAGACCCUUCCAAGGUUUAUUAUGGACUUAGGCGAAGCUUUCUCUGUGGAGGAUGCGGAGAGGGCAGCAGAGGAGCUGGGGUAUGCGGGGUACCGGGCGCGGGUGGUGCCGAUUCUGUCGCACGAAUGCGAGGAGAAGAGGAGGGAGGAGGGCUUGUGGGGGAAGCGCGAUUUGGGAAUCCUCCUGAUAUCGGCGUUCGCGGUUUUCAUCUGUCUUCAGCAUGAGAGCAACUUCACGUUCAGGGAGGCAUGGUUUCACGUGCAUCGCGACGACUACAACCAGGAGCUCGAGUCGCACGUGGUGCCGCCGCCCGUGGUCUUCGAUCUCAACGGCGACGGCCGCAAGGAGGUUAUUCUCGCCACCAGGGACGCGCGCUUGCAGGUGAUCGAGCCGUUCACGCCGCCGUCAGGCGAGUCGUACCAUCCAGUGCGCGUGCUCAAGGAGGUCUCGCUGCAACCCGGCCAGGUGGAGCUGAACCCAGCGGGCCACCAAGCGGUGGCAUUCGCAGUGGGCUAUCUGGAUCCCCCUUCCCUCAAGCCCCCCAAGAAGGCGGGCAGCGGCAAGGCGGUGAGCGUGCCGCGGCGCAAGGCGGUCGUGGCGGUGGUGACGGCGGGGUGGGCGGUGCUGUGCUUCGACCACAACCUGAAGCUGCUGUGGGAGACGAGCGUGCAGCACCACUUCCCCCACGGCGCACGCCACAAGGAAGUCGCGGUGCUGAUUGCCAAUCACACCAUGCACCGGGGGGACCGUGGCGUGGUGAUUGUCGGCGGAUCCAUGGAGUCAGACCCGCUGCAAUUCGAGGACCCAGUGGAGGAUGAGGAAGCGGAGGAGGAGGGCGAGGAGAAGCAUCGCAAGGAAGCCGGGGAUAAGGAUGAGCUGGAGGAUGUGUCAGAGGGCGCGGCAGGGGUGAACGAGCGCCACUUCUCCUACUACGCCUUUGAUGGGGCCACGGGUGCCAUGCGCUGGAAGCACGACAGCAAGGACUUUCAUCGGGACAUGUCAGCGCUGAGCCAGCAGCUGUUGCCGCAGCACAACUACAAGCUCGACGCCUCCUCCCUCUCCUCGCGCCACUUCGGCGAGAUGGAGUGUCGUGAGUUCAGAGAGUCUAUUCUGAAGCACCUGCCACACCGAUGGGACCAUCGUCACGACACGCGUUUUGAGCUCGCCAGCAUCCACCGCCAUCGCCGCCGCAUGCACAAGCGGCUGCCGGGGAGUGGCAGGCACGGGGCGCCACACCACGCAGCGCACCCCCACGGCACUCCCCCCAGACUGCUUGCUGGGCGGGACCAUGAGCGGAACGUGUUUGCCCGGGCCGUGGGGAAGGCCGUGGAUGCUGCUGGGUCGACCAAGAAGGCCAAGCAUGCGCAGCACCACGCGCACGGGAACGCAUCGGCGCACCACUGGUGGGCGCACAACGCGGUGAUAGCGCACCUGGAGGAGGGCAUUGAGGUCAUCCACCUCUACUCGGGUCGCACCAUAUGCAAGCUGUUGCUGCCCGACCAUGGCCUGCACGCUGAUGUUAACGGGGAUGGCGUGCUGGACCAUGUUCAGGCGUCGGGCGCGUUGGGAGAUGAGCUGUUCACGUUUGGCAGCGAGGAGGAGGCAUCAGAGGUGGUCAAGUCCUGCUGGACCGUGGCGCUAUCUGGCAUCCCCCCCACCCAGCCGCUCUUCAACGGCUCCAUCUGCCGCCCCCACACCUCGCUCUUCAACCUCGCCUCUGAGUUCCAGGAGCAGUGGAACGAGCACGCAACGGGGCAGCAGAGGGUGGGCGUGGUGGCCCCCAUUCUGCUGCCUCGCCGGGACCGCCACCACCGCCACCAGCGGCGGCACGGCGACGUGAUCUACUUCAACAGCCGAGGCGAGAUCACCUCCUAUGCAACCGAACCACUGAGCAGCAAGGGUCCACACGGCCACAUGCGGUGGCAGAUCAGCACAGAUGCCAAAUGGACCCCCGCCGACCCUGCAGCUGCCUUCGACUCCUCCGUUCCCCCCGCGCACGUGCCAUCCCUCCGCGCCAUGGCUCUUAAAGCCGGGGGGCGGCCGGAGGUGAUUCUGGCAGUGGGGGAUAGCGAGGCGGUGUUUGUGUCGCCUGGGGGGAAGAUCCUGGGCACGCUGGCCCUGCCUACGACGCCCACGGAGCCGAUUAUUGUGGCGGAUUUCAAUGGCGACAGGCUGAAUGACCUGAUCAUCGUCACUGCCAUUGGCCCGUAUGGGUUCGUUCAGGUGCGGCAACCAGGAGCCAUGCUGCUGUCCUCGCUACUGGGCUGCCUCGUUAUAGUGAUGAGUGUCAUCUUCGUGUCGCUGCAUCUCGACGCGCCUCGUGGUGGCAAGCCACGUGGCCGAAGCACCGACUAG